AUGAACGGUAGGAUCGCUCGAGAUUAGUUUUGACGUCGUCGCGCAGGUUUAAUUAUAGCGAGUUUGCAUUUUACUCUAAAAGCACUUUUUUUAUUAAGCGAGUAUUAUUUUUUAGCUUUCGAUAGUCAUUGUUUUAAAUGACAGCAUGUUACCAUCUUCUAACAGGGUGAAACUUAACCGAGUGGCGUUCAAAGACCUUGUUCGGCAACCAGUGCCGCGACGGAGACGACUCCCGAAGUCGUUCAAUAAUGUUACCACUGACUCCAAAAAACAAGAGGAAAACCAACUAGUUUCUGAACCAAUGUCGAUAAAAGACACGACCUCCGUCCCUAGCAGCAAUGAACCUGUCCAAACCUCUAAAACAGAACAAUUGGGCCCAGAAAAUGUGACCGAUACAACCGGUAACAUCGCUGACGGAGAGCCGGAGGAGAAUUGCGUAGGUACGCAGAAGGCAAGGAGAAGAAAUCAUUAUCAGCCAUGCAAAGGGAAUGGUAGUGUGGUGGUUAAUGAACAACAGGGGCCGUACACUAGAGGCAAGUAUCAGCAGAGCAAACCAAACACAAGGAGCAAGUUGCACAGCCUCAAAAAGUUCUGCAACCUCGGACUGAGGUUUACUUGUUGGCUGUGCACUGGCUCUGCUUCAGACAGUGCAUUAUUUAAACGGACAGAGAUCCGCCGCCGUGUAAAGCCGAGGCGCACAAUGUCUUCUUGUCAAAUGGAGUUGAGUAGCGGGGCCCCCUUGACCACAAGCAAGGCUACAAAGAAUAAGACUCUGGUAGAUCUAAAGUCUAAUGUGGACAAAUCUUCUGGUAGUUGUAAAUCCAGACAUGGGAAAACUCGUGUGGCCCGUGUUGCUAAAAGUGGCAGGGACAGAGCUAGAAAGGGUGGGAGCAAAGUGAAGGCCAGGCCCAAUGGGUGUGAUCCUCCUCAGCCUGCUGCUUCUGCUGCUGUUGCAAAUACAAGACAAGUGCAAACGGGAACACGGUCGAUACCCACUGGAUUGUCAAACAUUGAUAGAAAUAUGCACCCAAGCCCCACAGGACUUGCUGGUUCAGAAGGAUCUUUGAGAAGAGCUGUCAGAGCCUCCAGCUGUGGUGACCGUAAAUACAUUUACUCUCAGCAGAAGACAUUGUGUGAGCAAAGACAAAAAAGCAGUAGCCCAGGGCCAGAGCAGUCUAUGGUUGAUUUUAAGAUCAAGAAAGGAAAUCCAUUCACUGAGACCUCUAAGAAGAUUAUCAUAUGGAUAGACCAGUAUCCGAAGGUGACGCUUUGCGACGUAGCUCAAAAAUGUGAUGCUUUUAGUCGUGAUUGCGGCUAUGUGUUACCGGAUGUUCUCAAAACCAAGGUUGUGCGUUGUUUCAAACAGGACAUGAGAGCUUGUCCAAGAAUUCAGUCUGAGAAGAGCGUCUGUCUGUCUCAGAGCCUGACUGAACACCAAAGACACCUGAAAAAACGCACAGAUGUGCAGAUUUCAUCAAGUCAUACCACGUGUCAUUCCCUCGACAGUUGGACAAGUGAAGGCUCUGCAACUUCUUCUGCUUCUUUUUUACUAGGUGGAGAUACACAAAAGGGGGAGUGCAGGACUGGCAUGUUGGACAGAGAUGUUGAGGAGGAUCCUGGUCCAGGAUCUUGCCUAAUGGGAUCUGAGAUUCACAGGGACAAAAGAAUAAAGCUUGGGGAUAGUGUUAAAGAUGGGAGUUUGCCAUCCACUCCAAAUUUAGAAAGCAUCCGUUGCAAAGACCCAGCAAAAACUGACUCUAGGGACAAAGAGAAAACAUGCCAUUGGAUGUCUGCUGACAGUCAGUCAUGUUUAGAGCAUGAGGUUGGGGGCAGCAGCUCUUUUGGCUCAGCUGUGGAAGAAAACGGUGUCCACAAGAAACCUUGUUGUGAGCUUGACAAUCCCACAAAAACCGAUGCAGCGCAAAUGUCAUCAGAACUGUUCUGUCAGAGUAACGAGGAGGACACGCAUAACCUAGAGUCAUUCACCUGCCAGAGAGUGAGGGCCUAUCUCAGAAAAACAAAAUUUUCUUGUGCACGCACAUACAUGUCCUGGCCCUUCUCUAACAGUGGCCAGACCCUUACAGUACAUACAGGUACCACAGGCUGUCCAGACUAUCCAUCAGCUAGACAUGACAGCAACUCUCCAUUAGAUCAAAAUCAGCCAUGUUCAUCCAACAACCGAACCAAUGACUUGCUCCCAGAUGCACCUACAGACGCCUCUUCAGGCACAGCCCACCAGGUUUCUCAACAAAACGGAGAGAAGCGGGAAGAGGAUGGAGAGAGCAUUUUAGCAGGGAGAAAUGAGAAAACGGAUGGUAAUAUGUCUUCAUCCUCUUCGGAGUUUGCAACUCACGUCAUGGGGGCAAAAGAAUCAUUAGUAGGUCUUCCCUCAGAUACUGCUACCCUUUCCAACCCAAGUCAGCAUGGAGGAGAGUCUGACACUGACACAGUCUCGGCCUCAUCUCCACCAGUUAAUGGACCUGAAAGUGACCGCUCCAUGUCGACCCCUUCCCCCUCAGCACUUGGCCUGGUUGACUGGGAAACUGCCACUACUUUGUCUCCCGUGUCAUCUCCAUUUACACAUGGUUUGAGCAGCCUGUCGGCCACACCAUCCCCUCUCCCACCUUCAUCGUCCCUACUGAAGAAAGUCCGAGGCGUUGAGUUGGCUGAGGCUCAUUCUGCAAGCGCGUCACCCACAUGUACGGUCAAAGCUGUAGAAAAAGCAUUGUUCUACUCUGAAGAAACCCAAAUGACUUCAUGGACUCCUCCAAACAACUCUGACGCCUUUGAAUCAUGUGAUUCCUCCCUCCUGCUCCCUCAAGAUGAGCAAGAAAGUGACGAAGGGAUUCUCACAGGCAGGAGUCCACCAAUACUGGAGCCAUAUUAUAAUACAAGCCCCUUUAACCAUGCUCUUUUAAAGGAGAGAUCAUUGCAUAACAUCCGCACAGAAAAGUGUGUAGAAACGGGCUCAAAUGAGUUUAUGCUUCCACCACUGCUCUCUCCUGUCACUUCACCACAACGGCGCCCUAGAAAAAGCCUCCUGCCCCAAAGCCCAGGCUGUUCAGAUGAAGAGAAGGAAAUCAUCAACAACAGAAAACACAAAAUAUUACCUGGAUGUCACACUCUACACACUGUGAAUAGCAAUAAUGAAAACUCGGAUAACAUAAAUGAUCUUGAGCAUGGUAGUGAAGAGAUGGAAGAAGUCUCAACAAAUAACAAUGUGGAUGAUGGUAAUGAUGAAAAGGAAACCCAGGAUGGACCUGGUUGUGAAUAUGAUGUGGAACAGGGUAACAAAAAAUCAGAACAAAUUCCCUCUGACCCCAAAAUAAAGGAAACUCUUACCUCGGGUGCUCUGACAAAACCCAGCUCUUCUCCCAGCAGUGAUGACGAUGAUGGUGGAGCCUUCGGUGAUGAGAGACAGGCCUGCUCUACUAGAGAAGAGGGAUCUAGUCCAUCUGAAACAGCAAGCAGUGAAAGUGAUGAAACCAAUGCAGAGGCAGCUGGGGAUACUCAGUGUGGCAUUUUGGAUGAGUUCACAGCUUACGAACAGGAUAUCCUGCUUGUUGAUGUGAUCCAGGACGACCCAGAGCUGUUUGAAAAUGUUCCCCAGGAAAGAUUGCUGAAACUAGGUCCCACCAGGGCUACUGAGUCCCCUAAAACCAGACCUAUUGGAGUGGUGAAAACGCGGUCGCCAAAGAUCGGUGAAGCAUUUCUGGAGUUAAAACAAAGCUUGACCCCAGUUCACUGCGACAGUCCUGAUAUCACAGAUGAGAGCGACAGCAGGCCAUGGAGACCUCAGUGUAGCAGCACUUCUUCUGAAACGCAAAGCAACUCAUGGCCUGCUACAGAACAGCAAACCAAAAACUUGGGUCAGCCUGAUGCCAACAACAAUCAUGUCAUCGGAGUCCUAGAGAGGGGCCGGCUCAUUCAGCCAGUAAACUCCCUCCGUAAUCCCAUCCCUCCACUUAUUACCACAAGAGAUGCGCCAUGGAUCCCAAACUCAGCAAACAUCACAGCAUUCAAGCGACCGAAAUCUAAUGUUUACUGCAGGCAGUACUUCAGCGAGUCGCUGUCCUGCGGGUUCAAGAUGUGUCGCUUCCAGCACGUGCCUGUGGACGGGGACGAGAAGUUGUGCAUUGAAACGGUGAUACGGUUCACCAAAAAUCCAACGUGUCUUCAAAAAGCAGGAGCUGUUUUUACAGGCUACUACCAGAACAACCCACCAGGAGUGUACUUCUCCAUCCCGGUGCUUCUGUCACUCCUCUGGGCUCUGCUCAAAGCUGGCAUGGUGUCUGAUGUCUUCUCAGUCCUCAGUGUCAGCUUGGAUCACAAGAUUGUGCCUGGCCAUGAGUUCUUGUUGGCCCUCUUUAACAUUGUGAGAGAAAAGGGUCUCAUCGGUGUUGUACCUGAACUCAUGCAGCUCACAUUCAAGAUGGCCGGUGCCGGCCUAGUGCUGAGUUUGGACUGCCUUGACUGUGUGAAAAACACUCCUGAGUUCCAGCAGACAGUCAAUCCAAACUCACUUACGUCUGGUAACCACAAGUUACCCACCAGUGCACGCUUUCCAGAGUACCUGAACUUGGCCCAUUCCAUUGUGGAAAUAGAGCUGUGUACCAAGCAAGAGGACUGGAGGCGGAUGGGGGUGGUUUUCAGGUCCAUCUGCCAGUCCAGCAAACAUCCCAACCAAGUGGGGCGAAUCAGCGGUCGCAUUGCCAUAGCGCUCCUGUCUGAGAGCAAAGACAAGUUGUCACUGCCCUUUGUUGCUUUCGCUGAGACAGUGUGUCAGAAUGAAGGUGAGGACAGCCGGAUCACGAGCUUUUUAGGCAGAAUUGGAGUCUCUCUCAUGUUAAGAUACCACAAAACGCAUCAAUGGGCUAAGGGUCGUAGGGUGGUGGAGGUGCUGUCCAUUUCCAAAGUCAACUACUCCACACUGAAGGGUUUGUUUGGGAAUGAGGAUGGAGCAACACGCUGCUACCUGGUCACCGUGGCUACUGAGCUCUUUCUCCUGAGUGGCAGCUUGGAGGGAGCUCUAAACACACUCCGAGAAAACAAAUGGUUCCUGAGUUCGUGCUCGUGGCCGUGUGAGCCUGCUGAUCUGGAGAGCAGGAGUCGUGUGUUGAUGCGUCUGGCUGAGAAAACGUCUCACAGAGACACGCUGGAGGUCCUCUGUAAUCUCCCUGGGCUCAAGGAGCCAAACGACUCGGUCGAUAUCUCCAGGUAUGGUCCUCUGUUUAACUCUCACCUGCAAGUGUGUGUGGACCGACAGAUACUUCCUGUAGCUUCAGACACUGUGGACUUCAUGCUCUCUAAAAACCUGGCAGUUGACAAUGCUUUGCUGCAGAUGCUUUUGCAGAAACUAGGCAAGCAAAACCUCUGGCUCCGGGCUCGGGAAGUCUUCAGACACUCUCUGAGUGUGGGGUACUACCCAGGUGUGUCGGCUCCUCCUGGUUUUAUGGCCCUGAUCGUCCCCUGUCGACUGGGGGAGGUGGAGCUGGCUCUCGCCUUUGAGAUGUUCAUCACGGUCAACGCAACGGGCAUUUUCCACCUUUCAGAGACCACCACUUCCUCUCUCAGCAUCACUCUCAAAAGGACUCAAAGCUGUGAGAGCGAGUACCUCUCCGCUGGUAGCCGCAUCCUCUCUGCAGCUUGCAUCCCUCAGCCCAAACUAAUUGUUCACUACACGGCAGUUAACUCGUCACAGGAUCAAGUGUUCACACUUGACGUUUCCUCCGCUCGAUGCUGGCUCCGCCACAAUCAUUUGUGGGCCAAUGAGGUGUGGACGCACUGAACCAAACGGUUAUUCCCCUGCAGUAUCUGAAAGUACUUAAACUUUCCUUUCCCUGGAAACCUCAUAUGUUCAGAGACAUCAGGUGACUCAACCAAUGAAAUCAGGAAAACAAACGCAUGAACAUUUCUGUUGGCUGUACAUUUGUAACACUAAUGGUCAUAAUUUUAAUUUGGCCUUUGACGAAGAAGCAGAAAAUCACAGACGGACACCAGAACUUUACAAGGUUUUAUUUUUAUUUUCUUUAUUUAUUUUUAACAAAAGAUAACUUAUUUUUGUUCAAAUUUGUUUCAAAAUAUGUUUACGGAUUUUUUUUGUUAAUCGUUUCCUGAAGAGUUCUUCAAGCCAGUUUCUUUGCUUUAUGUCACUCAGUGUUUGUGUGCUUUACUAUUUGAAAAAAUAAGUCUGUUUGGGAACAGAGUCCAGCAUAAUUUUGUAGGAUUGUUGUUGCAAGUACUAGAUUUAGUUUCUAACAACAAUGUAAAUAACAUCUGAGUGUGUGUAUAUAGGUAAAUAUUUAUAAUGUUUAGUCUUUGACAGUAUUAGGUUUCUGUAUUAUCUUAUUGAUUGUCAAAACCUCUAUUGUUGCUUGUUCAAAAGCUGUGAUUUACAUUUUUUUUGUAUGACGUUUUUAUAAAAGAAAAACCCCAUUGUU